ACAAAAAAGAGGAGAGAAAAGAUGGGGAUUAAAGCAGUGAUAGUUCUUUUUCUUGUCUUCUCUUUCUGUUUUGAUCUGACGAAAGCUAUCCCCAACAUUCCUAUGCAGACCCAACAUGGAACCACAAUGAAGGUGGAAGAAGGGUUAGAACUUGGAGCUCAUUUCGGAGGCAAAGUUUUGGCACUCGAAGUGACAACCGAAUUUGACAGCAAAUUUGGAGGCGAUCGCCGCAUUCUAAAACGAGUUAUAAGACGCAGAUCGCGGCUUUCAAAUGGUGCGGCUGCCCCCGAUUCGCAGCACAACAGAGCCGGCCCGAGUCGCCACGGCUCAUUCAAAUGGGCCAUCUUCGGAAUCCUUUCCAUGUGGGUUUUCUUGGUCUAGAAUUUGCAAUGGGACCUCGUGCUGUAUAACUCACAGACAAUGGAAACUCUGUUGUUCGUACUUACAUAGGAUUAUUGGCACUUCAUGGAUUGGUUAGAGGGUGCUGGUGUGUGAUGAACCGUAGGUUCUUAGACAGUGAUCUGUUUAGGGGGAUCCAUUCUUUGAUAUUUAGUGUUCAAUCUAAUGUUGCGACGGUGAUGCCGCAAAUAGCCCUACUAUUUUUUAUUACCAUUUUUUUA